UGUCAGUGCUGGGCUGGCUGUGGGCCCGGGAGGAAGGUGGUUGGCGAUCUCAGUAUCACCUCCACGGCUGCCUCCGCUUGUGCUGCUGCCGCGAGCGCCCGGCCGCUCAGUCGGUGGGGCAUGAGACCGUGAGGCGAGCGACAGGCCGGGGCCGCCGACAUGUUUGGCCGCUCGCGGAGCUGGGUGGGCGGGGGCCAUGGCAAGUCCUCUCGUAACAUCCACUCCUUGGACCACCUCAAGUAUUUGUACCACGUCUUGACCAAAAAUACCACAGUCACAGAACAGAAUCGGAACCUGCUGGUAGAGACCAUUCGUUCCAUCACUGAGAUCUUGAUUUGGGGAGAUCAAAAUGAUAGCUCUGUAUUCGACUUCUUCCUGGAGAAGAACAUGUUUGUCUUCUUCUUGAACAUCUUGCGGCAGAAAUCAGGCCGCUAUGUGUGUGUUCAGCUGCUGCAGACCUUGAACAUCCUCUUUGAGAAUAUCAGUCACGAGACCUCACUUUAUUAUUUGCUAUCUAACAAUUAUGUAAAUUCUAUCAUUGUCCAUAAAUUUGACUUUUCUGAUGAGGAGAUUAUGGCAUAUUAUAUAUCAUUCCUGAAAACACUUUCAUUAAAGCUCAACAACCACACUGUCCAUUUCUUUUACAACGAGCACACCAAUGACUUUGCCCUAUACACAGAAGCCAUCAAAUUUUUCAAUCACCCUGAAAGCAUGGUGAGGAUUGCUGUAAGAACCAUAACUUUGAACGUCUAUAAAGUGUCAUUGGAUAACCAGGCCAUGCUGCACUAUAUCAGAGAUAAAACUGCUGUCCCUUACUUCUCCAAUUUGGUCUGGUUCAUUGGGAGCCACGUGAUUGAACUUGACACCUGUGUGCAGACUGAUGAGGAGCACCGGAAUCGUGGGAAACUGAGUGACUUAGUAGCCGAGCAUCUAGACCAUCUGCACUAUCUCAAUGACAUCCUGAUCAUCAACUGUGAGUUCCUCAAUGAUGUGCUCACAGACCAUCUACUCAACAGGCUCUUCCUGCCACUCUAUGUGUACUCCCUGGAGAACCCGGACAAGGGAGGAGAACGACCGAAAAUUAGCCUGCCAGUGUCACUCUAUCUUCUGUCCCAGGUCUUCCUCAUUAUACAUCACACACCACUGGUGAAUUCAUUAGCUGAAGUCAUUCUGAAUGGCGAUCUGUCUGAGAUGUACGCCAAGACUGAACAGGAUGUUCAAAGGAGUUCUGCCAAGCCCAGCAUUCGGUGCUUCAUUAAACCCACCGAGACGCUUGAGCGGUCCCUUGAGAUGAAUAAGCACAAGGGCAAGAGGCGAGUGCAAAAGAGACCCAACUACAAAAAUGUUGGGGAAGAGGAAGAUGAGGAGAAAGGGCCUGCUGAGGAUGCCCAGGAAGACGCCGAGAAGGCUAAAGGUACAGAGGGUGGUUCAAAAGGCAUGAAGACGAGUGGGGAGAGUGAAGAGAUUGAGAUGGUGAUCAUGGAGCGCAGCAAGCUCUCAGAGUUGGCUGCCAGCACCUCUGUGCAGGAACAGAAUACGACAGAUGAGGAGAAGAGUGCUGCUGCCACAUGCUCCGAGAGCCUGCAGUGGAGCAGACCCUUCCUGGAUAUGGUGUACCAUGCCCUGGACAGCCCUGAUGAUGAUUACCAUGCCCUCUUUGUGCUCUGCCUCCUGUAUGCCAUGUCUCAUAACAAAGGCAUAGAUCCUGAGAAACUGGAGCGGAUCCAGCUGCCAGUACCAAAUGUGGCUGAGAAGACCACCUACAACCAUCUACUGGCUGAAAGACUCAUUAGGAUCAUGAACAAUGCUGCCCAGCCAGAUGGGAAGAUCCGCCUGGCCACUCUGGAGUUGAGCUGCCUGCUCCUGAAGCAGCAAGUCCUGACCAGCUCUGGCUGUAUCAUAAAGGACGUGCACCUGGCCUGCCUGGAGGGUGCAAAAGAAGAGAGUGUCCACCUGGUGCGGCAUUUCUAUAAGGGGGAAGAAAUUUUUUUGGACAUGUUUGAAGAUGAGUACAGGAGCAUGACAAUGAAGCCCAUGAAUGUGGAAUAUCUCAUGAUGGAUGCCUCCAUCCUGCUGCCUCCAACAGGCACACCACUGACGGGCAUCGACUUUGUGAAGCGGCUGCCCUGUGGUGACGUGGAGAAGACCCGGCGGGAUAAGUUCCCAGACAUGGAAUUUCUGGUUCAAAGGGCCAUCCGUGUGUUCUUCAUGCUGCGUUCCCUGUCACUGCAGCUGCAAGGGGAGCCUGAGACCCAGCUGCCUCUGACUCGGGAGGAGGACCUGAUCAAAACCGAUGACGUCCUGGACCUGAAUAACAGUGACCUGAUCGCAUGCACAGUGAUCACCAAGGAUGGCGGCAUGGUCCAGCGAUUCCUGGCUGUCGACAUUUACCAGAUGAGUCUGGUGGAGCCCGAUGUGUCCCGGCUUGGCUGGGGAGUGGUCAAGUUUGCAGGCCUUCUCCAGGACAUGCAGGUGACUGGAGUGGAGGAUGACAGCCGUGCCCUGAACAUCACUAUCCACAAGCCCGCAUCCAGCCCCCAUUCCAAGCCCUUCCCCAUUCUCCAGGCCACCUUUGUCUUCUCAGACCAUAUCCGCUGCAUCAUUGCCAAGCAGCGCCUGGCCAAGGGUCGCAUCCAGGCGAGGCGCAUGAAGAUGCAGAGGAUAGCUGCACUACUGGACCUCCCAAUCCAGCCAACAACUGAAGUCCUGGGAUUUGGACUUGGCGCUUCCACUUCCGCUCAGCACCUGCCUUUCCGCUUCUAUGAUCAGGGCCGCCGAGGCAGCAGCGACCCCACAGUGCAGCGUUCUGUGUUUGCAUCUGUGGACAAGGUACCAGGCUUUGCCGUGGCCCAGUGCAUAAACCAGCACAGCUCAGCGUCCCUGCCAUCACCAUCACCACCUUCUGCCAGCGGGAGCCCCAGCGGCAGCGGGAGCACCAGCCACUGGGACUCAGGGGGCUCAUCUUCCACACCCUCCGCAGCCCAGAGCCCAGCAGAUGCCCCCACAACUCCAGAACCGCCUCAACCUCACCUUCCUGACCAGUUGAAGAUCGUCAACGAAAUGGAAGCAGAAGCCAAGCCCAGCAAGAACUCAGCCAAAGGCACAGAGGUGGAGACUGCACACUUGUCUCCCAGCCUCCUCCCUGCCCAGCAGCCCACCAUCUCCUUGCUCUAUGAGGACACUGCCGACACACUAAGUGUCGAGUCACUAACCCUGAUCCCUCCGGUUGAUCCUCAUAGCCUCCGCACCCUCACUGGCCUCCCCCUGCCUUCCACGCCAGCCGCAGCAUGCCCAGAGACCCUGGACGAGGAGGCUGCAUGUGCGGAGCCUGCAGGCCCCACGGAGCACUGAGUGAACGCCAGUCCUCCCCUUGUGCAUGCGGCCCGCUGGUAGGGACCCCAGUGCAGGUGAUGACAAGACAAACUGGAAGCACCCACACUUCUCUGUGGCUCCAGCACCUAUCUCGGAUACCUGUCCCCACACUCCUGAGGAUCAGAUAGACAGCCAUGUUCCAUGUGAACCCCUCUUUCAUUUUUACCUCUUUAAAAACAGUCUGGGCCAUAGGACACAGGACAACCAUGGCUGCCCAGGGGGAGCCCGACAGCCCAGGUGGCAGGACCCACCAGCGCCCCUCCGUUCCUGCAGGCGGCUCUCCCACUGUAUACACAGAAGAAUUGGACAAGUUCGCUCUGGGUAGCAAGUUGUAGAAAAGCAAACUUGGAUCAACAUCUCUUGGCUAUUUCUGGUUUAGGAGUGGCUAAAAGCAUUUAUUUAAAAAAGCAUCUAUUUGGGGAAGAAAAAACUCUUCAACCCCAAGAUUUGGUGUCAUGUUAAAAGUGUGAUGAUACUGUUGGUUUCAUUUUCCCUUGAAUUUGUCAACGUUUGUCUUUUAAGAGUUUUGGGUGUCAUUUUCUCCAUCUUCCUAAAUGAUUCUUCUUUCUCUGUUACUAACUCUAUAAACCUGUGGAAUACUAGCAUACCUUCCUGACAAAUUUAGAUUGUUUUUAAACCCACUGGAAGAGAUACACGAACUCUCAGGGCCACAUGGAGUGUGAGGGCCGGAAGCUGCUCCGCCAUCACUUACUGAGCAAGGUCAUGAUGUAACUGUGUUGUGCCCCACCCCGUGCUCACACCACAUGGCAAGUGGCAUCCAACCUCACCUGCAGCUGAUUCCAUCUGUUUAUCUGAGAAGUCACUGGGGACCAUGUGGACUUCAGACCCAGAGACAAGGAGAGAAGGUGCCAGAAGGCAACCUGGGCAUCUCCCCCUUUGGGCAUGCACACCCUGAGGGAGGGUCCUGGCUUCAAGAGCAGUAGGCACUUGGGCACAAAGCAUGUCCCCCCUCCCCCUGUAUUCUUCUCUGUACUCUGUACAGGGGACUCAGAUUCCACCCAGCUCCAAGAUAUUCCUUUAACCUGUGAUCAAACACAGUGAGUGACCCCUCACCUAUGAGAUACAUUGAGACCCUCUACAGCUUCCCUGUUGAUGUGCCUACCACAAGUACCCACAUAGUGCCAGUGACCAGCAAACAGCUAUGUGGUGGCCCUGGGAGACAUGCUGUGACCUGGCCAGCCAUCUGUUAGAGGAACUUGGUCCUCACCACUUCAGCUUCCCACCAGGAGCUGAGUGGUGCUAUGGAAACAGUUCUGUCAAUUCAAGAGAGAGGAGAGAUGUGCUCACUGGGGAGAGGCCUGUGUCGUCCAGGCGAGGACCAUGUGUUCUGGCUGAUGUUUUAGAGGGAGGCAGGUGCACGCAGAACAAAGCCCCAGAGCCAUGCCCUUCUGGCUUGGGGAUGACAUCUCAGGUGCAGCAGAGCUGAGAGAAGGAAGUGACUGUCCUGCCUUCUUGGGACCACCAACUGCUGCCUGAAGUCAGUGGCUCCAGUUGGCCUCAUGGUAGCAGUGGCAGCUGGCCCCUUGGGUUCUGACGAAGGCCUCACCUUUUCCAGGUCUUGACUAUCUUGAUGACAGUGGACACCGGUAUGUGUUUAGGAGCACUCCACAAUCUAACAGCUGGGGCUCUCCCACACCUGCCAUCCUGGACAGGAUAGAUCUCUCAGUAGGACGGUGGUCUGGGCAAGCCCAUUGCUAGGGCCACAGCAGCUACCUGCAGGUCCUGAAUAGGCAUCUGGGAUCAGCCCUCAAAUACCCACCUAUCGGCCAUCUCCAAGUCCUGCUACAGCCUGCCUGGUUACCUUCCCCAAGUCCACUGUCAGGCUUGCUUAGCAGCAUUGGCUACCGAGUCCUCAAAGCCCUCUGCUUUGAAAGUUGCACAUCUUUUUGUGGCUUGGAGGCUGGGACACCCAGCCCUCCACAGUAGGAUGAACAGGGAAAGGUGAGCUUCCUCCACUGAGUGGGGACAGCCAUGGCCAGAGAGGGACUAGGAGCGCGCUGCCCUGUCCAGCUGCUCUCUCCACAGAGGGUGGCCCUGCCUCACCACUGUCCUCCAGAUCCCUGUGUUCCAGGCAUGGGGAGCAGAAACACCUCCUGCGGACAGGCCUGGAGUUGCUGUGUGAUCUCCAAGAUGCACUGUUUUAAAAGGGCACCGGUGAACCAAUUCUGAGCUUUUCUAGAUGCAAUAAAUAUGAAAUAUGUAAUGUAGUGAUGUUACUGUCAGGCAUAACCUGUCAGGUUGUCUUCUGUUCCUGUGAGCUGAAAAUAUGUAAAUAGCUCUUGUGCCAGUGAGGAGCAGGGCUUGGGAAAUCUCGGCACUUCUGGCCAUUCUAGGGAAGUACCUGCUUUUGCCCUUGUGACUCAUGCUUUGUGGGUGCUGAGCAUGAGGGUGGAAAUGAAAACUGGAAACUUCCUUGUAAAUUUGAAUUUGGCAAUAAAAGAGGAAAAACCUUA